CAAUAUAACCCUUCCGCUCCUCUCUCUCUCUCUCUCUCUCUCUCUCUCUCAAUUUCAUUUAUCAUUCAGUAAUGGAAUUAUUAUGUGAAGGAGGAGAAAACAGAAACACAGAACAACCCCAUGCAAUUGCAGAAGAAGGGGAAGAAAUUAUCUUCCCCGAGAAUGAGGAGAAUCUUGAUGGAAAUGGAAAAACGGAUUCAGAAAGAUACGGGAAUUCCGAUUCUAAUGGAGAACAGGAGAUGGAAGUCAAUGCCCAGAUGAUAAUCAAUUCAGAAAAAGCAAAUGGAGCCGUACAAGAAAUGAUCCAACUGCCCCAUUCGCAGCUGCCCAAGCCAGAAGCGCCGCUGGGGAUUAAUCUAUCGCCGAAGAUGGAAAGGUCAGUUUCAGCGCCGGAUGAUAUUGAUAUGCUGGCGAUCGGGAAAUUUAUUCGCGACAAGAGAAAUAGCUUUUCCGCCGCCAUAACCAGGCGGUGGUCGUCGUUGAGAGAAGUAAGAAACAACGAUGGAGACGACGAGGCUGUAGUGAAGCCCGCGUCACAAGUUAUGGAAUUCAAUCUUGUAGGACUGAAAGUGAUCAAAUCACAGAAAGAAUUAGGCAAGGUAGAGCUGAAAGGAAGAAUUAGCUUUUUCUCGCGAUCGAAUUGCAGGGACUGUACUGCAGUCAGAUCAUUUUUGCGCGAAAAGAAUCUGAAUUUUGCGGAGAUCAAUAUCGACGUGUAUCCCACGAGAGAAAAGGAGUUAAUCGAAAGGACAGGCAGUGGAACAGUGCCACAGAUAUUUUUCAACGAAAAGCUGAUCGGAGGAUUGGUUGUAUUAAAUUCUUUGAGGAAUGGUGGGAUGUUGGAGAAGAAAAUGGAGGAGAUUCUGGGAAGUAAAUGUCCUGAUGAUGCGCCGGCGCCGCCCGUCUACGGCUUCGAUGAUCCGGAGGAGGAGGAGGAGAGUUUAGAUGAGAUGGUGGCGAUCGUUAAGGUUUUGCGGCAGAGGCUGCCCAUUCAGGACCGUCUGAUGAAGAUGAAGAUUAUCAAGAAUUGCUUCAACGGAGCUGAUCUUGUGGAGGUUCUAACACACCACUUGGACUGCGGCAGGAAGAAGGCCAUUGAGAUUGGGAAGCAGCUGGCAAGAAAGCAUUUCAUUCAUCAUGUUUUUGGUGAAAAUGAAUUUGCGGAUGGAAAUCACACCUAUCGAUUCCUAGAGCACGAGCCUUUCAUUCCUAAAUGUUAUAAUUUCAGAGGAUCAGUAAAUGACAGUGAACCCAAGAAUGCUGCUACUGUAAGUCAGAGGCUUGCCCGAAUAAUGUCCGCCAUACUCGAGUCCUAUGCCUCUGAUGACAGACGCCAUCUUGAUUUCGUCGGCAUCAGAAAUAGUGAAGAAUUACGGAGGUACAUAAAUUUAGUGCAGGAUCUCCAGAGAGUGAAUGUAUCGACACUUUCAACGGACGAGAAGUUGGCUUUCUUCUUAAACCUGCAUAAUGCCAUGGCUAUUCAUGCCGUCAUUAGAAUUGGCAAUCCUGGAGGCAUGAUCGAUGGGAGGGCUUUCUUUGAUGAUUUCAUGUAUGUGGUUGGGGGCUACCCCUAUUCCAUGAGCUCAAUAAGAAAUGGGAUUCUUAGAAGCAAUAAAAGAGCACCUUUCUCAUUAACAAAGCCUUUUAGUGGUGGAGAUAAGCGUCUAGAGUUGGUGUUUCCAAAAGUGAAUCUACUAAUUCACUUUGGGCUCUACAAUGCGACAAGGUCGAGCCCCAUGGUGAAAUUCUUCACUGCUCAGGGAGUAGCAUCAGAAUUAAGAUAUGCUGCAAGGGAGUUUUUCCAAAGGGAUGACGGAAUGCACGUAGAUCUUGCCAAGAGGACCGUGUACCUCUCUCGCGUUAUCAAGUGGUUCAGUGCUGAUUUUGGGCAAGAAAAAGAAAUUCCUAAGUGGAUCAUAAGUUACUUGGAUGCAACCAAGGCAGGUCUUUUGACACACCUUAUGAAUGAUGGUGGCCCAAUUAAUAUAGCGUAUCAAAAAUUUGAUUGGUCUCUCAAUUCCUCUUUUUAAAUUUUAUGUUUUCAUAUCUUAGUUUUUUGAAAUUUCAGGAGUGAUAUAAUAUAUUUAUAAAGGAGUGAUAAAAAAAUGAAUUUGACAUGUACUCUAAUUAUUUAAGCCUCAUCUAAUUGUUCAACAAUAUCUAUUAGCUUA